GUAGUGUGACAUCACUACAGGCUACAGGCUCAAACCGACACAACAGCGUCAGCCUCCGCGCAGUUAAUGUUGGUAACCGAAGGUGACUGUGCGACAUUGCUCAAACUGGUCUUCUGCAUAAGCUUCUAAAACGAUUUCAAGCGCGAUUAUGGCGUCAAAUGAUUAUGCCCAAACCUCAAGCCAUGGUUACGGUGGUUAUGGAGGACAGUCCAACCAGAGUUACAGUCAACCCUCAGGCCAAAAUUACAGCCAGCAGAGCUAUGGAGGAUACAACCAAAACUCAGAGAGCAGCUCUGCUAAUAAUCAGGGUGGAUAUAGUUCCAGCUAUGGACAGUCCCAAUCAGGAGGAUAUGGGUCUCAGCCGCCCUCUCAGGGCUAUAAUCAGUCCAGUCAGUCAUACAGCUCUGGAGGCUACAGUAACAGCAGCCAGCCUCCUCCAGCUCAAAGUGGAGGCUACAACCAGCAAUCCUCUUAUUCGAGCUAUAACCAGCAGCAGUCUGCUCCUCCAUCUGCCUCUAGCAGCUAUGGCAGCAGCUCGCAGUCAUCUGGCUACGGUCAGCAGCAGCAGGGUGGGGGUCAGUCUGGAGGAUACGGGGGCAGUGGAGGACAGAGCAGUGGAUACGGGGGUAGCGGGGGGCAACACCAGUCCUCUCAGCAUGGAGGAGGGCCUUACAACCAAUCUCCCAACUACAGCUCUCCUCCAGCUCAAAACUAUGGGCAACAAAAUCAGUACGGACAGGGAGGCUACAACCAGCAAUCCUCUUAUUCGAGCUAUAACCAGCAGCAGUCUGCUCCUCCAUCUGCCUCUAGCAGCUAUGGCAGCAGCUCGCAGUCAUCUGGCUACGGUCAGCAGCAGCAGGGUGGGGGUCAGUCUGGAGGAUACGGGGGCAGUGGAGGACAGAGCAGUGGAUACGGGGGUAGCGGGGGGCAACACCAGUCCACUCAGCAUGGAGGAGGGCCUUACAACCAAUCUCCCAACUACAGCUCUCCUCCAGCUCAAAACUAUGGGCAACAAAAUCAGUACGGACAGGGAGGCUACAGCCAGGAUGCCCCGCCAAUGAGUGGUGGUGGAGGAGGCGGCUAUGGUGGCCAGGACGGUGGAUAUAGCCAGGAUGGUAGAGGUGGACGUGGGCGCGGAGGUGGAGGUGGCUUUGGAGGCCGAGGAGCGGGUGGGUUUGACAGAGGUGGUCGUGGAGGACCCCGUGGCAGAGGAGGAAUGGGAAUGGGUGAUCGUGGAGGAUUCAAUAAGUUUGGUGGGCCCAGGGAUCAUGGAGUUGGUGGGCCCAAUAUGCAGGAGCAGGAUAACUCUGACAACAACACCAUCUUUGUACAAGGUCUUGGAGACGACUAUACCGUGGAGUCAGUAGCAGAUUUCUUCAAACAGAUCGGCAUCAUCAAGAUCAAUAAGAAAACAGGAUUACCCAUGAUAAAUCUGUACACAGACCGAGAGACAGGGAAGCUUAAAGGGGAGGCUACUGUUUCCUUUGAUGACCCCCCUUCUGCAAAAGCAGCCAUUGCUUGGUUUGAUGGUAAGGAUUUUAAUGGAAAUCCUAUCAAGGUGUCCUUCGCUACUCGCAGAGCUGAAUUUGGACGCGGCGGUGGCAGCAUGAGAGGUGGUCGAGGAGGGCCAAUGGGCCGUGGGGGAUUUGGGGGUGGAAGAGGUGCUGGUGGUGGUGGUUUCCCAGGCAACAAUGGUGGCGGUGGCGGCGGUGGUGGUGGUGGUGGCCAGCAAAGAGCAGGAGACUGGAAAUGUUCAAACCCAACUUGUGGUAAUUUGAACUUCUCAUGGCGAAAUGAGUGUAAUCAGUGCAAAGCUCCCAAACCGGAGGGAAGUGGAGGAGGAAUGUCACCGAUGGGAGGUGGUUUUGGUGGAGACAGAGGCAGAGGCGGUUUUGAUCGAGGUGGUUUCCGCGGCCAUGGUGGCGAUCGAGGGGGCUUCAGAGGAGGGAGGGGAGGUGACCGGGGAGGAUUUGGACCUGGCAAGAUGGACUCACGGGGUGAACACAGACAUGACCGCAGAGACCGGCCUUACUAAUGGGAGAAAUUCUCUUUUGUCCAAACAAGACUUUAAUUCGAUGUGGGACCAGUAUUCACUCCACUUCAACAUGUAUUACCUUGUUGCUCAUGGUUUGUGUUGUAUGUUGUCAAAAAUUUGUGUUUUUGUUUUAGUUCUGCUAAUAUUAUUUUUUUGUAUUCUCUCUAUUCUGAUAUUCUUAAUCAUGAAUUUUGCGUUUUUCCUCUCUGAAUUUGCUGGUGUUUAGAUCACAGUUGUGAUAUUUGUGCAAUUUAUUAAAUGUACUUUCUUUGAAA